GUGCCGAAAAAAGAGUCACGCGCCCAUCUCUAGAGUGGAAGCAAUUUUUCGCAAUUUGAUAUUAAAUUUAUUUGAUCGGCUCGGCAAAAUGUCGCGUUCGCAGGUCGGCAGGCCUUAAGCAGACGUCUUAAGUUCGAUUCGAUUUGCUUUGCAGCUGCACCCUUUCGCCUGCGCAGGGGAAAAGAAAAGCGAGGAAAGUGAAGAAAAGCGACCAGGGCCCUGGUGAAGCAGUGGUGACGAAGAAGUGGCGAAGGGGGAGGAGCUGUCUUUAUAGGCGAUCCAACACAAAAGCCAGGUAGCUAAAGGGCCAUUUACCUUUGGUUUUGCAGGCAUGGAGAGUCCUUGUGAAUCGGAGAGCUCGCUGGACGGCGGCACCAUGCUGCCCCCGAGUCCAGUUUCCCGGGAGCAGCUCCAGAAGAGGAUCGAGUCGCUGACCCAGCAGAACAAGGUGCUGAAAGCCGAGCUGGACACCUUCAAGACCAAGUGCAAGGUGGUGCAGGAGGAGAAUCGUUGUCUCAAACAGGCAUCUGUAAUCAUUCAAGCCAAAGCCGAGCAGGAGGAGGAAUACAUCUCCAACACACUUCUGAAGAAGAUACAGGCGCUCAAAAAGGAGAAGGAGACGUUGGCGCAUCACUACGAGCGCGAGGAGGAGUGCCUGACCAACGACCUCUCCCGCAAGCUUGACCAGCUGCGCCAGGAGAAGUGUAAGCUGGAGCAGACACUCGAGCAGGAGCAGGAGUGCCUCGUGAACAAGCUGAUGCGCAAAAUCGAGAAGCUCCAGGCGGAGACGGACAACAAGCAGACGAACCUUGAACAGCUGCGCCGCGAAAUGGUCGAGCUGGAGAACACGCUAGAACAGGAGCAAGAGGCGCUCGUAAACAAGCUGUGGAAGCGCAUGGACAAGCUGGAGACCGAAAAGCGUUCUCUACAGAUCAAGCUGGAUCAGCCCGUUUCCGAUCCGACUACGCCACGAGACAUCACGAACAAUGCCCAUGCGAACGGCGGCGACACGGCCACCAGUUUGAGUGCCCACAUCCAGAUUCUGCGCUCCGAGGUGCUCCGUUAUCGCUCCGACCUAGCCGCCGCCCAGAAGGAGGCCACCAUCAAGACGCAGCAGUAUGCGCUGGAGGAGAAGUCCAUACGCGAAGAAAACGCCCGUCUGCAGCGCAAGCUCAAGCAGGAGGUGGAGCGACGCGAGGCCCUGUGCCGGCACCUCUCCGAGUCGGAAUCGUCGCUGGAAAUGGACGAGGAACGCUUCUACAACGAGAGUCUGAUGGCGGGCGGUUCCUCCGCCGCAGCGUCGGCGGCAGCGGCGGCCGCUGCAUCGGCAGUCAGUGCCCAGCGUCAGCGCACAAUCAGCAGUCCCGUCUCCCACAGUCCCUCGAGCAGCCGGCCCCUCAGUCCGGGCACGGCCGGCCAGAACCGCUGCUACGCCUGCGGCCAGUUGGUGAAUCGUCGUGCCAGCGAGCGCUUCAUCAAGCCAGCACUGCCAACGCCCAUGCUGGGCCUCAACACUUCCGCACCAAAUGUGCUGACCUCCACGAACCCGCUGCUCGGCAUUUUGGGCAGCGGCAGCUCCUCUUCGGCGUCCGUGUCAGCUGGGAAUGCCGCUGGCGGCUUUCUCUCGAACCUGGGCGGCGAACGCCUGAGCCUGGGCUCGAUGCCUUCGGCGGGCAGCAGCGCCACCUUUUUGGCUGGCGGUGGAGGAGGAGGACUGCUGGCCCAGCUCACGGGCAACUCCAGUGCCUCGUCGUCGUCGUCCAAUCUGAUGAACAUCAGCCUGAACAACUCGUCCAGCGGCAACAUGGUCAACAGCAGCAGCAACUCCUCACUGUCGGCGUUCACGCCAACCAAUCCGCCCAGCUCGGCGGCUACGGCCUUCAUCCAACCGGCCAGUCCCAUGGACACGUCCACCUGCAAGGAUUAGGCGGUUUUGUUGCUCUACAACUGGGAUACAGAAAGAUUCAUGACUUAUUUUCACUCUCACACACUACACAAAAACACACUCUACUCAUAAACACGCACGCAUGCAAGCAGCCAGUUUAACGACAGUAAAAAACAUAAGAAACACACAGAAACAAAAGAUGAGGAAAUAACUAUCGUAAGCUUCUCCAAGGCGCGACUCAAAGUCGCCUCAUUUAUAUAUGGUUAAUAUGUAUAUGUAUGUUCUAUUUGAUCAAAAUCUCUUAAAAACCUUUCAAUAUCGGAAUUCCUAGGCGAACGAAUAUUUAACGCUAAUGUUUAAGAUUUGAAUGUUUUCUACUUUUGCUCGGUUCCAGUUAAAGUUAAGUGAAACAGCAGCUAAUGAGGAUAUCGAAGAUACGGAGGAUUUGAUGGAUUUAGAGGAGCAGGACGGACAGGACACGCUAACCAGAUCGUAUGAAUUUAUAAAAACGGUGAAUUCUAUUCAUGUCGAAACCAUUUUCCCACAAUUCCUUCGCAAGUGGGCCUAAAAAUUUUGAAGUAUGUUUAUGUAAGCCAAGAAAAAUAAAGUUCAACAAUUUAAAAUUAAA